UACGAAUAUAAAGAGAGUGAAAGAGUGUGUGAGAGAGAGAGGGGAGAGACAUAGAGAGACGUGUUUGACCAAACCAUGUCUGGAACGCUGGGGUGCGUGCUUGUGGCCGUCGAUGGCAGCGAAGAGAGCAUGAACGGCCUGAGAUGGGCACUCGACAAUCUCAAGCUCCGAUCUGCUGCUUCCGACACCGAUGAAGGUUCGUUCGUGAUCCUCCACGUUCAAUCCCCGCCGUCCAUAGCCGCCGGCCUCAAUCCCGGUGCCAUCCCUUUCGGUGGUCCCAGUGAUUUGGAAGUGCCUGCGUUCACAGCGGCGAUUGAGGCGCACCAGCGGCGCAUCACUGAGGCUAUUUUGGCUCACGCUCUUCAGAUUUGCUCUGAUAAACAUGUGACAGUUAAAACACAAGUUGUAAUUGGGGAUCCAAAGGAGAACAUAUGUGAAGUUGUGGAGGAUUUGCACGCCGAUUUGCUUGUGAUGGGAUGCCGUGCUUUCGGACCUAUUAAAAGGAUGUUUCUGGGAAGUGUAAGCAACUACUGUUCUAACCAUGCACAAUGCCCGGUUAUGAUAGUGAAAGGCACUUAAGAAUCUACUGUCGCUUCCGGGUAGCCGUUAUUCAAUAUGACAAUGACCAAAUCAUGUUCUGUUGAUGGCGUGCUUUUGUUGUGUGCGGCCAGUAUUGAUUGGGGUGCAAGUCUUUGUACCACAGGUACCAUCUGACCAGCUAUGCCUGCAUCAUUAGUCUCUUCUGCAAGCAGACCUGGAGCCAAAUUCUGGGUGUGAAUAUUCUCCAUUUGUGCUAUUUGUCUUUUUUGCAUUGUCUGUAUUGAUCAGAAUAUUGAUUGUUUGAUUCUUUUGUUGAGAGUGGGGUUUUUCUUAUGUGGCUCCUCUCUAUCUCUAGUUGUGAUUUGGUUUGCAAACUAGAAAAAACUCAUGAUCUAUUUUAGUAAUAAAUAUCGAUGG